AUGACUACCCUCAACGUCCAGCAUCUGGAUGGGGAGAUCCUCCAUCCACCGGUCACUCGUCCAUCACGUCCCGCCCGCCUACAUCGUACGAAUCUUAUCGCCCAUCCUCAUCCUCCCACCAACCCUCAGCUGCACGAGCGCAUCCGUCGCCCAUCGGACGUGCAGCCCUACACCCCGGCCGCGGGCUCGCCGGACCAAUCCUCCGUCCGUGGCGCCCCCGAAUCGCCACAAGAAGCAGGGAGCAAGAAGAAAAAGAGGCGGGUGGCGCUAUCUUGCGCAGAGUGCGCAAAGAGGAAGCAAAAGUGUAAUAGGGAGACACCGUGCCAGCACUGCGUGUCGAGGAGGGUUCCUGAGCUGUGCGUGCCGUAUACGAGGAAUACGUCGCCCAGCGGGAAAGCAGGGGAGAAGAAGGAGGGUGGAAAGGACGUCAAGGCAGAGAGGGACGGCGGAUCGGUGCAAGGUGGAACUCCGGCUCAGGCGCAUAUGGAAGAGCCCGGGAUGUCCCAGCCUCAGGUUUCAGCUCAGGCUGCGGCCCAACCUGCAGCGCCGGCUGUGGGCGGAGCGAGAGCGCCGAGCGUGCUCCCGACGUUGAGCGUGAGGGUCAUGAGGCUGGAGGCGAUGGUCAAUACCAUGAUCAAUCAGGUGCCGAACCUGGAGGGGAAAGCUUUGCAGGAUUGGCGCAUCAAUCAUGCGCCUCUCACUCCACCACACACCAACAACCCCCCUCUUCGCCAGCGCGCCAUCUCCAUAGCCUCGUCGCGCGGACCGGGUCCGAUUGACACCGCGAGGGGUUCCCGGGACGCUUCGGUUGGGCAAGAAGCUGGCCUGAUGACGGGUAUCGACGUCGAAAGCUCCACCCGGAACCCCCUCCCACAGUCUAUGCUAGACACGGCCGAUCCCGUCCCACUCGGCCUCAAUUUCCACUCAUCCGCCGCCGAACCUCUCCAAUCCGUGCUCACUGACUGUGGCGUCUCCCCGCAUAAAAUCCAGGAUCUUAUGAGCCAGCUCCCGCCCCGGGCGGAUGCGGACGACCUGGUCGAAUGGUUCUUCACCAAGAUCAACUAUAUCCGAUACCCCAUCUCGGAGCAUCUCUUCCGCCAGAGCUACACCGCGCUUUAUGAUAACAGGUCGAUUAACGGUGCGGCGGUGUUGGCGCUGCCGCUGGUGUUCAUAGUCUUGGCGAUGGCGGUGAGAGUUGCGCCGGAUGAGUGGGUCGGAGGGGAAGAGGCGAAGCGGGCAACUAGUCUGAGGAUGUACUGGAACUCAAGGAUGGCGAUUAACAUCGCAUCGGCAGUAAAGGCAGAGACGGUACAAUUGGUCGAGGCCAGGAUCUGCACCGGCCUCUACCUCGUACUCAUGCACGACCGCCGACUCGCCGAGGGCUGGGCAGAGUUCCGAGCGGGUAUUACCACUGGUCAGGCUGUAGGGCUACACCGUGACGGCUCAAAGUUGGGGCUGGACGGAUACAGCAGCGAGUACAGGCGGAGACUAUGGGCGUACCUCGUUCACGCGGACGCUACUUACUCGUGCCUACUCGGACGGCCCAUCAGUAUCGAUCUACGCACUUGCGACACUUUACCACCAAGCAACCUCAACAUGUGCGACUAUCAGACCUCCGCUUCCCAGCCGGUCCCAAGACCGCUCUCGCAACCGACGUUCGCUACCUACCUCAUCCUUCGCCGGCAGCUGGGCGAGAUCGUUGCGAAUGUGACGCAUCAUUUCCAGCGGCUGGACGGGGGUGGCGGCUACAAGGAUGUUGAGGUCCUCGAUGGAGAGUUCAGGCGGUUGCGCGAGGGGUUGCCUGAGACGUUCAGGAUGGACAGGCCGAAUAGGAGUUGGGAUGAUCAAUGCUGGUAUCUGCCCGUGCAUCGAUAUUAUAUUCAGACGGAGAUCUUGCACUUUAUCAUCAUCUUGCAUCGACCUUGGCUGUUGAAGAGACUCAGAAGUAACCGAUAUCAGCUUUCCAGGCAGGCGUGCUUCGAGGCGGCUGUGACGGACUACAAGAUUCGUCAAGCCUGGAAGAAGGACUGCCCGGACUUCUUCGAGACUCUACUUGGAAGCUCGUUCCGAGAAUUCAACGCCGCUAUGAUCGCCGGAAUUAGCAUGAUCGUCGACCCGCGCGGUCCUCACGCGGCGGACAUGCGGCAUAUCGUGCAGGACUUCAUGCAUGAACAUCCGCACAACCCCCGUGCGGACGACUUUUCGCAGAAGGAGGCUGCUAUAAUCUACACCCUACACCGCCGUGCGCUCGAGAUGGAGGAAAGACGCUCUCAGCGGCACUCCCUUGUGCGCUCGAAUCUGUCAAACGAGCGGGGCCAGCCCAUGUCCUCUCCUUCCCGCGGAGACGGUCGGAUGCACCAAUCGCCUCGAAGCAAGGACGAAGCGGAAAUGCCUGCACCGUCAAUCCCUCACCGGGCUUCGUUCGCCAUGAGUACCGGCAGCUACGGACCCGACGGGGACCAGACGCCCGGCAAGACGCCUCUGAUGCAGUUUAUCAAUGGGCACAUGGGGUUGACGCCUGCUUCGACGUCGUCAGACGAGGAAGGACCGCAGAAGCUACUCGACCAAUGGCUGAUGGCCAAUACGACCUAUGGACCCGGGGCGGACGCUACCAUCAACCCGUACAUCUCGACCUAUACCGGUCUCCCGCCCAUGUACCAAUACAACACCCCCAGCACCAGCAACAGCAAUCUCCAGCAUCAAUCGCUCGGCACCGGACCAUACGACCCGCAACUCGGAAAUGCGUCCGGCUCGGGCCUUUACACCGAUCCCUUGACCGGUGGGCCGGGAGGAGAUGCCGGUGCAGGCGGAUCGAGCAACUUCGGUUUGGGCCUAGACCCGAGGCUCGUGCCGCUCGAAGGCGGAGAAGGGGGACUCCAGAGGGGGGAGCGGAUGCCGUCACUCGUUGGACCGCCUGGGGAGGAUGGGAACCCGAUGGUGUUCUGGGAUAGACUCAUCGAUGGGAUUGUGGUGGGGCAGGGGUAUGACCUGACGGGGGUGCCAUCUUUUGAACAGGGUGGUGUUGACUUCGGCGAUAAGGAACGAUGCCGUCACAACCGACAGUAUCUGAAACUGCCGAAAGCGGCAAGAAAGGUUAUCGAUACGCGAUUCUCCGACCGACAGAUCCGAAACCGGGCGCGCCGAACCUGA